AUGGCAUCCACAGAAGACCACAAGAUUACCAUCUCCAUUGAUCGAGGUGGCACAUUCACUGAUGUGCACGCCCUUGUACCGGGAAAGCCUGAUAUUGUUCUCAAGCUGCUCUCGGUCGACCCGUCAAACUACAACGAUGCCCCAACAGAGGGAAUCCGCAGAGUUCUCGAAGCUGCGACGGGUACAAAACUCCCGAGGGGCAAGCCUCUGCGAUUGGACAACAUCGAAUGCUUACGCAUGGGAACUACCGUUGCCACCAACGCCCUCUUGGAACGAAAGGGUAUGAAGUCUGCUUUGUUGACCACCAAGGGCUUUAAAGACCUCCUCCGCAUUGGCAACCAAGCCCGUCCCGACAUUUUUGAUCUCUCGGCUAGACGCCCUGAUGUCCUGUUUGAGGAUGUUGUGGAGGUCAACGAGCGUAUCAUCCCGUCUCAUCCCCGGUCAUCCCAGGAAGCCCUAGCCCCUUUCAGGGUACUUGAAGGCAUCAAUGGGGAGAAGUACUACGUGGCCGAGGAGCUUGAUACGGAGCAGCUCAUUUCCGACUUGCAGACUCUCAAGAAUGAAGGUUAUGGCUCGGUGGCAGUCGCGCUAGUCAAUUCGUUUGCCUGCCCUGAUCAUGAGAUCAAGAUAGGCGAAAUUGCUAGUCAGUUGGGCUUCUCCUGCUCGCUUUCCUCCCAAUUACAGCCUAUGAUCAAAGUUGUUCCCCGAGGCAUGUCGGCUACUGCCGAUGCCUAUCUCACCCCAGUCAUCAAGUCCUACAUCGACUCCAUCUCAGCAAACUUCGAGGGUGGUCUUGGGGGAUCACACGGAUGUCGAGUCGAAUUCAUGCAAUCUGAUGGAGGCCUGGUCGAUUUCCGCAAGUUUAGCGGUAUGCGUGCCAUUCUCUCCGGGCCGGCUGCUGGUGUUGUUGGAUAUGCUUCGACUAGUUGGGACCGGGAAACAAAAGUCCCAGUCAUUGGCUUCGAUAUGGGAGGAACUUCAACCGAUGUCUCACGUUUCGACGGCCAUCUCGACCAUACCUUCACGUCGAGCAUUUCUGGUGUCAGUAUCCAAGCUCCACAGCUAGAUAUCAAUACAGUUGCUGCUGGCGGUGGUUCCGUUUUGUCCUGGAAAAACGGACUAUUUAUGGUCGGACCAGAGUCUGCAUCCGCCCACCCAGGGCCAGCAUGUUAUAGAAAAGGUGGACCUCUGACGGUCACUGACGCAAAUCUAUUCCUUGGACGGCUUCUUCCGCAAUAUUUCCCUAAAAUUUUUGGACCAAAUGAAGACCAGCCACUCGAUUGUGAAGUUACGAAAAAGCUAUUCCAGCAGCUUACCGACAAGAUCAACAAAGAUAAUGGUGAUAGACCACUCACGCCCGAGCAAGUGGCUCUCGGCUUUAUCAAGGUCGCCGAUGAAUCUAUGACAAGGCCGAUCCGGAAUUUGACGGAGGCCCGUGGCUUUGAAACAUCCUCCCAUUACCUUGCCUGCUUCGGAGGUGCCGGAGGACAGCAUGCCUGCAAUGUGGCCGCCUCGUUGGGAAUCUCGCGCAUCAUUAUGCACAAGUACUCGUCUAUCUUGUCGGCUUAUGGCCUGGCCCUCGCUGAGAUUGUGCAGGAGGCACAGGAGCCAAUGGCCGCUCAAUAUUUCUGUUCAGAGCAGCUCAUCAGCACUAAGCUGCAAGGUCUCGUGGACCGAUCUACGGAGCAACUGCGAUUACAGGGCUUUUCAGAUGACCAAUUACGAUAUGAGAUCUUUCUCAACAUGAGAUACGAGGGAUCUGAUACCAGUCUUAUGAUCCUUAGGCCCGAUGACGGUGACUUUGCCUCAGCAUUUAUUGAGCGACACCAACGCGAGUUUAACUUUACUUUUGAGAGACCAAUCCUGGUUGAUGACGUUCGCGUCAGAACUAUUGCUUCAGCAAACAAGAUUUCCGAAAAGAGUCCUACGGAACAGCUCAAAGAGGCCAAGAUCACAGAGGUGGGUGGCCCUUCCCAUCACACUGAGGUCUUCUUCGACUCGGAGACCGGAUUUGUUGAGACCCCAGUGUACCUGCUUCGUGAGAUUGGGUCGAAUGUGAGGCUUCAUGGCCCUGCAAUUAUCAUUGAUGAGACCCAAACCAUUGUGGUGUCGCCGAACGCAAUUGUGCACGUGCUUCAAACUUGCGUUCUAAUCGAUAUCACGGAGUCUGUACCUCAACAGGCUUCAUCGCUUACGCACGUCGACCCUAUUCGUCUGUCAAUCUUCGGCCAUAGGUUCAUGUCUGUUGCCGAGCAGAUGGGACGUACGCUCCAGAAGACUGCUGUUUCAACCAACAUUAAGGAGCGCCUCGACUUUUCCUGUGCUUUGUUCUCUCCCGACGGUGGACUGGUAGCCAACGCGCCUCAUGUUCCUGUGCAUCUUGGUUCUAUGCAAUUCGCCGUUCAAUACCAGCACAAGCGAUGGCUAGGAAAAUUGAAGGAUGGCGAUGUUCUAGUUUCGAACCACCCGAUGUCUGGCGGAACACAUCUGCCGGAUGUGACAGUUGUUACCCCAGUGUUCAAGCAGGGCACUGAUGAUAUCAUAUUCUAUGUUGCUUCUCGUGGCCACCAUGCAGACAUUGGUGGCAUCCUACCGGGUUCAAUGCCGCCCAACUCAACUGAGCUUUGGCAGGAAGGCACUGCAAUUGAAUCCGAGAAAGUAGUCUCCAAUGGGGUUUUCAACGAGGCCCGAAUGCGGGAGCUGUUCCUUGAUAUACCCUCGCAAUACGAAGGGUGCUCUGGCAGUCGGAACAUAAGUGAUAAUAUCUCCGACCUCAAAGCUCAGAUCGCCGCCAAUGCACGCGGUAUCGCUUUGAUCCAUAAUAUGAUUGAAGAAUAUGGCUUGGAUACCGUCCAGCGUUACAUGUUCGAGAUCCAGAGGACAGCCGAGUUGGCUGUGCGAACCCUCCUCAAGGAUAUGUACAAUCGCUAUGGCGCUCGGCCUUUGGAGGCACUGGACUUUAUGGACGACGGCACGCCUAUCAAACUGAAGAUCACGAUUGAAGAAGAUGGGUCGGCAGUCUUUGAUUUUGCUGGCACGGGAAACGAGGUCCGCGGCAACAUCAACGCGCCCGAAGCAAUUACCCAUUCAGCAAUUAUCUAUGCUCUCCGUUGCAUGAUCAAAUCAGACAUACCCCUGAACCAGGGCUGUUUGAACCCAGUUGAUAUCAGGAUUCCAAAGCCUAGUAUUCUGAGCCCCACAGGCGCAGCUGCCGUUGUUGGAGGCAACGUCACGACCAGCCAGCGUGUCACUGACGUAGUCUUGAAAGCGCUGCACGCUUGCGCGGCUUCCCACGGCUGUCUCAACAAUCUGACAUUCGGGAUUGAUGGCAAGACCGAUGAGACUGGCCAGGUUGUUCCAGGAUUCGGCUACUACGAGACCAUUGCAGGUGGUGCUGGAGCCGGUGAAAACUGGGUUGGAGAAAGCGGUGUCCAUGUGCACAUGACCAAUACACGCAUUACAGAUCCAGAGAUUCUAGAGAAGAGGUAUCCUUGUAUUCUCCGUCGGUUCGAACUCCGAGACAAGACAGGAGGCGAGGGACGCAACAGGGGAGGUGACGGCGUGACUAGAGAGAUUGAGUUCCUCACGCCAGUGCAGUGUUCCAUCCUCUCCGAGCGGCGGGUGCAUAGACCCUAUGGCAUGGAUGGAGGCGAGGCGGGGCAAUGUGGUCUUAAUCUCUGGCUGACCAAGGAUAAAUAUACUGGUCUCGAGAGAACCGUCAACAUGGGCGGGAAGGGCAGCGUACCUAUGAACGUAGGCGACAAAGUCGUUAUCAUGUCAGCCGGAGGUGGUGGUUACGGCAAAAGCGAGGCUUGA